AUGAGUCUAGAGGACGACUUGACCUCACUCCAAGACUGGUUGAUCGACCGUUCUUACACUCUACCGAGAAAUGCCGAAAAGGCACUGGAAAGGAAUGGUGUCCGCGCCGUUCGUACAAACACGCAGGGUGCCAGUCCAACAGUGAAAGAAAACGUCGCCGCUCCUAUCACACAACCGCAAGCUGGGUCUAGUACACAGGCGGAGAGCGAAGGAGACCGCACCGGAACCACAACUCGCAAAUCGAAGCGCAUUGCACUCAAGGGCCCAAAGAAAGUCAGCUUCGCCACCGACGAGGACGAGGACGAAGAGGCCGAGUAG